AUGGGCCCCCUCAGGCUGCUUGCCCGCUGUGCCGUGUUCGCCCUCGUGGCCCUGCUCUGCGACUUCGCGGGGCUCAUCUUCCUCCUCCUGGGCAUUUUUGCUCCUAUAAGCUCCUGGGACUUCUUUGUGUACGUGGGAGCCCUGCUGCUGGCCUUCAGCCUCCUCUUCUGGACCCUCUGGUACACCUUCAACAUCGAGGUGCCCUUCGGGGAGCUGGGUUUGAGCUGAGCCACGGCAAAGCCAGAGCAGGAACUUGCACUCGGAGGAGCAACAUCACGUUCUGGGAAGAUCCGACACGUCACUCAGCUGGUGAAGAGCAUCCCAAAAAGACCAAAGGGAAGGGUCUGAUGGUUCUCACAGCAUC